AUAUUAUAAAAUAUCGGAUCGGAUGAAUCAAUAAACCAGUCUUUGGUUGUUGUAUAAUUAAAACGAAGCUUUAAAAGUGAUCAUUUAUUAAUUUGUGAGUUGUGUGUGAUUGUGCAAAAUUAUUUCUACUUUGAUCGGUUCUACGAGUUCUAUAAACAAUUUAAAGUUUUCUCUUGCACUCACUCACUGACUGUGAUAUUAAUUUAACUUAGAUAUUAAUUAACAUUAAACUUUCAUAAUGAAAAUUAUUUGUUUAUUAAAUAUUGCAAUUAUUUUAUUUAUUUAUUUAACUAAUACUGAUGCCGCUCCCUUGGUAAAACCAGGCAUACAAUUACUUCCCUCACGUGAAGGAUACAUUCCUGUUUACAUAGUCGAUGGUAAUACGCCAUUAGAGGAAAUUAAUCCACAAUUGGCCGAAGCAUUUCGGGCACAUGAAAAGAAAUAUAGUAUACCAAAAGGUAAACGAAUUAGUUCAUCGAAACAAUAUGUCCAGCCGAAAACCUUAGAAUUAUUAUUAAAUGGAUUUAAAUAUGGUGACAAGGAUAAAAUUAUUGGAAAUGAAAAUCAAAAUGAAGAAAACCGAAAAUCGAAAGCAAUUGUUCAAGAAAAUGAUGUUUCUACAGAAAAACCACGUGAAGCAAUGAUUUAUCGAAUAAAUUUUAAUCCAACAUCGAAGCUUAGCUAAUGAUUAUAAAAAAGAUGUGUGAGCAAAUGAUUGAAUGUUGCAUAAUAUUAUAUUACUCAAAAAAACAAAUAUAGUUUAAUAUUAUAGUCCGGUGGCCUAAAGGGCUCUUAAUUCCGGGUAAUAUUAAAAUCGAAUUUUAUUAACUCAAACAAUUUUUUAAUGAUGAGUUUCAGAAAGACGAUUAUUGAAAUUUAUUUUUGGGCGUAAUUAGUUCAGGGAAGUAUGUACAAUAAAUUUUUUGUCGAAAUUAGCCAUUUUUUAACGAAAAAAUAUUAUAAAAUUGAACUUAAUUAGCGUCAGGCAGGAAAUAAUAAGACUAGUUUUCCCACUGUUAUUAUUUUAGAAUACGAAUACAUUUGUUUUAUUCAUUAUAUAUCAUGUUUAAUUAAACGUAAAUUUUUUGCUGUGUAUUGGUAUAUUAUGUGAUAAAGUAACAUUCAAGCAUAUUAUCACUGUAUUUAUUGAAAAAGUUAUUUGAUUAUGGGAA